CGCGGGCACCAUGGGCUGCUGCACCGGGCGCUGUGCGCUCAUCGGCCUCUGCGCGCUGCAGCUGCUCUCAGCAUUAGAGAGGCAGAUCUUUGACUUCCUCGGCUUCCAAUGGGCGCCCAUCCUUGGAAAUUUUCUACAUAUAAUAGUCGUCAUAUUGGGUUUGUUUGGAACCAUUCAGUACAGACCUCGAUAUAUCGUGGUGUAUACAGUAUGGACUGCCCUCUGGGUCACCUGGAAUGUGUUCAUUAUCUGCUUCUAUUUGGAAGUAGGUGGGCUCUCUAAGGAUACAGAUCUAAUGACAUUCAACAUCUCUGUACACCGGUCGUGGUGGCGGGAACACGGGCCUGGCUGUGUCCGAAGAGUGCUGCCCCCGUCAGCCCACGGCAUGAUGGACGAUUACACGUAUGUCUCCGUCACCGGCUGCAUCGUUGACUUCCAGUACCUGGAGGUCAUCCACAGUGCCGUCCAAAUACUACUCUCUUUGGUUGGUUUUGUGUAUGCCUGUUAUGUGAUCAGUAUUUUCAUGGAAGAAGAGGACACCUUUGAUUUCAUAGGUGGACUUGAUGCACACUCCUACUACCAGGAUCAUGUUGAGUUAAAGCCUGUUCAUCUGUCGAAAUAAGUGAUGACGCUGACUCUGAAAAUGCGG